GGGAGGCUGGACUGCAGCAAGCUGCAUCUCAGCUCCGUUUGGUUAGACUGCUCUAUUUCACUCUGAGAAAGGACUAGCCGAUAUUGUCGAAUUUGACUAGCUGUAUUUAAAAAAUAUAUAUAUAUAUGUACUAUUUUUGCAUCUAAUUGCACUCUACGUUACACUGUCAAACGGAGAAGACAAACAAUUCAUUCAAAAGAUGGAACACGGUGACUGCAAUCAGGACCAAAUAUCACCUGAAAUGGAUUUGGAGACUGCUUUGAAGGACUGCUCCUCUGCCCUUGAUCUUUUCCUUAACAACAGGUUCUCUGACUCACUGGCUCUCUUAGCACCAUGGAAGGGCCAGAGUAUGUACCAUGCAGUGGGCUACAGCAGCAUGUUGGUAAUGCAAGCAGGCAUGACCUUUGACCCAAAGGAUAUGGAUACUGCCAUGGCAUCAUUGAGGGAAUCUUUACAGACAUGUCAGAGAUUUCGUAAAAAGCCUGGAUUUGUGGAGACCAUUACCAGCCUGUGGUAUCGACAACCAGCAGAAAACCUGACAGAAGAGGAGAUGCAUGCUGAGCUGUGCUACGCUGAGGUUCUUCUGCAGAAGGCAGCUCUCACUUUCCUGGAUGAGACUAUAAUCGGCUUCAUCAAAGGAGGGAUGGGAAUGCGAAACAGUUAUCAAAUUUUCAAGGAAUGCCAAGCCAUGGCAAACAUGGCAAAGGACACGCAGAAGCAAAAGAGCACUCACAUGCAUUUCAGGUGUGGCGUUAACAUGGGCAUUGGAUCAUUUAAUCUGAUGCUGUCUCUACUUCCGGCCAGAGUCCUCAGGUUGAUGGAGUUCUUGGGCUUCUCUGGAGACAGGGAGGUGGGCUUGUCGGAGCUGAGAGAGGGGGCUGCCAGCAACGGCCUGCGCUCCAUCCUCAGCACCGUGACUCUGGUGAUGUUCCACCUCUACAUUUCUGUGAUACUGGGCACUGGUGAAGGUAAUGUUACUGAGGCUGAAGCCCUGCUGGAGCCAUACUUUAAGAAGUUUCCAAAUGGAGCCCUCAUGCUUUUCUACAUUGCAAGAAUUGCUUUGCUCAAAGGAAACUUCACAUUUGCCCAGGAGAAAUACCUAGCAUGCAUUGCAGCACAGCAAGAGUGGCGACAGAUUCACCACCUUUGCUACUGGGAGCUGAUGUGGGCCCACUCAUUUGAGCAAGACUGGAGGGAGGCAUAUCGUUACGCUGACCUGCUCGCCAAAGAAAGCAAGUGGUCCCAGGCUGUCUACGUAUUCCAGAAAGCUGCCAUUUUGAGCAUGCUCCCAGAGGAAGAAGUGAAAAAAAUGGGGGAAGAUGUGGUGGAGUUAUUCAGGCAAGUGGAUAACCUCAGACUGAGGAUUGCUGGGAAGUCCAUUCCAACAGAGAAAUUUGCAGCAAAGAAGGCACAGCGAUACCUUUCCCCUAACCCUGUGAAGCUAGUUGUCCCUGCUUUGGAAAUGAUGUAUGUGUGGAACGGCUUCACAAUAGUCGGCAAAAGACCAGAGCUGACUCAGAACAUCUUGUCCACCAUAGAGAAAGCAGAGGAGCAACUCAGAAAUGAUCCAAAUCCAUCAGAGUAUCACCAGGAUGACCACUGUCUUAUCCAGCUGCUGAAGGGACUGUGUCUGAGACAGCUUGGGCGUCUUGUCCAGGCUGAACUCUGCUUCACCAAUGUCAUUUCCAGUGAAAGUGAUAUAAAGUAUGACAACUAUCUGGUGCCAUUUACCACAUAUGAGCUAGGCCUGCUUCACAAGGAGAAAGGUGAUUAUAAGAAGGCCAUCUCCCUGCUUGAAAAUGCCAAGAUGAACUACAAAGAGUACAACAUGGAGUCAAGGCUACACUUCCGCAUCCAUGCAGCUCUAGAGUCCAUGGAGUCUUCAUUUUCUGCCAAACCUCACCCUUCACGGACACCAGCCUAAGAGACUGCCUGGAGCCCCAAGCAUAAUGUGGAAGAAAUGGAUACAAGUCGUAUUUUAUGUGCCUCACUGCCUUCAACUAUUCUGUUUAUGCAAACUAGAAAACUUCUACAGCUAGAUCUUAAAAUGUCUCUUUAGCUCCAUUAUAGGAUGCAUCUAGACUUGUUUUAAUACUCUUGCUAUAGUAGAGCAGGGCUCACUCAUCUCUUAAUAUCAUCCCUGUGAAAUGAUUAUUUGUAAUUGUUAAUAACUUGGUUUUCUGUAUUAAAACUGUUAAAGUAUUAUUAAAAGAUGUUUUCUGUAUUUUGUCACUUGUCACACAAGUGACAAAAUUUAAUCAAGA